AUGACUGAAGCCCUGCAGGGUGUCGUGUGUGAGCUUGCCUCUAACAGCCGCACACAUCUGUCAGGUGCAGUCAUGCUCCGUCCUGUUAGCGCACUCCGGCUCUUCGCCCUCCUGCUGCUGCUGAGCACGAGUUCAGCUGUUCAAAAUAACGCCACAGAGUCCAUCAGUCCUCAGCCGGCCCUCGACACUCAGGACCCGAAGGCUCAUGAAUACUCAAACCAGGCGAGGAACCGAGGGAGACGGCCUACUGACGCCGUGCGUGAUGGAUUAGACCAGAGCCAGGUGAGCUGCAGGGAGUUGAGGUCCACAAAGUACAUCUCUGAUGGCCAGUGCACCAGUGUCAACCCUAUUAAGGAGUUGGUGUGUGCUGGGGAGUGUCUGCCAGCUCACCUGAUGCCCAACUGGAUUGGUGGCACUAACACUGGGAGGUACUGGAGCCGCCGUGAUGCUCAGGAGUGGCGCUGCGUCAUUGAUCGAACCAGGUCCCAGCGGAUCCAGCUGCAGUGCCACGAUGGGAGCACCAGGACCUACAAGAUAACUGUGGUGACCUCCUGCAAAUGCAAGCGCUACAACAGACAGCAGAACAAUUCAGAACUCAAGGACACACCUGCACACAGUGGUAAACCGAGAAAGGAUCAGGGGAAGGCUGGACUCCUUGAAAUGAAUGCUGAGAGGCAGUCUGCAAACUAAAACCUGAUUUCACAGCUACAAAGAGAAAAUCUUCAAAAGUCCUACUGUCACCAUAAAGUUUUUUUGUAUGAAUUGUAAGUGUGCAAAUAGUAAUUAAAAGUUUAAGAAGCUGAAUAGAUAGAAGUAAAGGUGAAUAGUAUAGUUAUAUCCAGUAAACACUUAAAAUUAGUCUGUAGCCCAAAACAUAGUUCAGGAUUUUGUGGCUAAAGUCAUAACAUACAAACAGUUUGACAGUUUUCUUUAUUGAACACACUCACUCAGAUCAUUGAAUGCAGCUGGAAAACAUCCCUGAACUACUGAGUUUAGUAACUCAUAGAACCACUUUUAGCUGCAACAACUUUAUUGUGACUUCUAACUGAUACCACUGCAAAACAUAUUCAUUUCAUUAGUGCGCUGAACAAACUCUCGAGGUCAUUCUGAAGUAUCUCAGUUGGAUUAAUGUCAGAACUCUGAUCUGGUGAUUUCAAAACCUGAAGUUUGUUUCUAUCCAUCCUUUACGUUCUUGUUUCACUUGUCAGUUUUGGGGUCAUUGUCUUGUUGUAUCUGACAUAAUCUCCUGAACAGCUCAUAGACUGCUGGUUUGACACGGUCCUGCAAAAAUACCAGAAAAAAAUCGAAUUAAUAUUUCCUCUGUGAUUACAAGCCAUCCAUGCUUCACAGCUGGGAUGAGGUUUUGGUGUUGGUGUGCAGUGUCUCCAGUUAUAAAUGGUAUAGACUGGUACUUAUAUAGCAGCUUCCUACUCAAGUCGGGCACUCAAAGCACUUUCUACUACAAGUCUCAUUCACCCAAUCAUGCACACAUUCAUACAGCUCUUUUGUUCAUGCUUAAGCACUUUUUCUAACAUUCACACUCACAGGGACAACUCAGGGUUCAAUAUCUUGUCCAAAGAUAUUUUGACAUGCAGACUGGUGGAACCAGGAGUUGUUCCACCAUCCUUUAAUUGCUAAAUGACCUCCUUUAUCCACCUAAGCUGGC